UUGGCGCGGAGGGGCCGCUCCCGGGGCUCGCCCGGCCGCUGCCGGCAUGCGGGGGCCGGCGGCGGGCGAGGAGCUGCCGGAGGAGGCGGACAACGACGAGGACGUCUCGGAAGAAGAUGAUGGGGUCCUGGAAGGACUGGAUGAGUUUUUCCCAGAAGAGCAAGUUGCUGUGCAGAAAAAAAAGAAAUCCAAGAAGCUGAAAGACAGCAAGGCUGCCAAAAUCAAGAGGAGGAAGAAAGAGGGGAGCAAUGAUGAAAUAUCAGACAACGAAGAGGAGAUUGAGGAGAAAUCUGAGAGUGAAGGAAGUGACUAUUCUCCCAACAAAAAGAAAAAGAAAAAACUGAAGGAAAAGAAGGAUAAAAAAACAAAACGGAAAAAGAAGGAUGAAGAGGACGAUGACAAUGAGGACGGAGGCCUGAAGGAGCCCAAGAGCUCAGCACAGCUGAUGGAAGAAUGGGGCCUCGAUGAUGUAGAUUACAUUUUCUCAGAAGAAGAUUACCAUACUCUGACUAAUUACAAGGCUUUCAGCCAGUUUCUCAGGCCUCUGAUCGCCAAGAAGAACCCCAAGAUCCCCAUGUCCAAGAUGAUGACUGUGCUUGGUGCCAAGUGGCGAGAGUUCAGCGCCAACAACCCGUUCAAGGGCAGCUCAGCAGCUGCAGCCGCAGCAGCCGUCGCUGCAGCAGUGGAGACCGUCACUGUUGCUCCACCGCUGGCUGCCAGCCCUCAGCAGUCUGCCUUGCCCGCUGUCAUCAGGAAAGCUAAAACCAAGGAGGGCAAGGGUCCAGGUGUGCGGAAGAAAAUCAAGGGCUCCAAAGAUGGGAAGAAAAAGGGGAAGGGGAAAAAGAUGGCAGGCUUGAAAUUCCGGUUUGGAGGAAUCCCCAGCAAAAGGAAAAAGGGCUCCUCUAGUGAAGAGGAAGAACGGGAGGAAUCCGACUUCGACAGUGCCAGCAUCAACAGCUCCUCAGUGCGCUCUGAGUGCUCGGCUGGCCUGGGGAAGAGAGGGAAGAGGAGGAGAAAGAAAAAGAGGAUUGAAGAAGGGGAUGGAUACGAGACAGACCACCAGGACUACUGUGAGGUGUGCCAGCAGGGAGGGGAGAUCAUCCUGUGCGACACCUGUCCCCGUGCCUACCACCUCGUCUGCCUGGACCCUGAGCUGGAGAAGGCCCCCGAGGGCAAGUGGAGCUGCCCCCACUGUGAGAAGGAGGGGAUCCAGUGGGAGCCAAAGGAGGAUGAGGAUGAGGAAGAGGAAGGUGGUGAAGAAGAGGAGGAUGACCACAUGGAGUUCUGCCGUGUCUGUAAGGACGGAGGGGAGCUGCUGUGCUGCGACACGUGCCCAUCUUCCUACCACCUGCACUGCCUGAACCCGCCCCUGCCAGAGAUACCAAACGGUGAAUGGCUCUGCCCUCGCUGUACAUGCCCUCCUUUAAAGGGCAAAGUGCAACGCAUCCUGCACUGGACCUGGAAGGAGCCUCCGGCCCCGCUCCCGUCCGCGCUGCCGGCCCCGGAUGCGGAGCUGCCUCUCCCGCUGCCCAAGGUGCUGGAGGGCAUCCCGGAGCGGGAGUUCUUCGUCAAGUGGGCAGGGCUCUCCUACUGGCACUGCUCCUGGGUCAAGGAGCUGCAGCUGGAGCUCUACCACACGGUGAUGUACCGCAACUACCAAAGGAAGAACGACAUGGAUGAGCCGCCGGCCUUCGACUACGGCUCUGGGGACGAGGACAGCCAGAGGGAGAAGCGGAAGAACAAGGACCCGCAGUAUGCCAAGAUGGAGGAGCGGUUCUACCGCUACGGCAUCAAGCCCGAGUGGAUGAUGAUCCACCGCAUCCUGAACCACAGGUCAUUUGUUCCUCUCAGAAGCCAUGCAGCCCAUCUGCAUUCACAUCAAAGCUUCGAUAAAAAGGGAGACAUUCAUUACCUGAUCAAGUGGAAAGAUCUGCCGUAUGACCAGUGCACCUGGGAGAUUGAUGAGAUAGACAUUCCGUACUACGAAAACCUCAAGCUCCUCUACUGGAAUCACAGGGAGCUGAUGCUGGGGGAAGACACACGCCCUCUAAAGAAGCUGAACAAGAAAGGGAAAAAGCUGAAGGAGGAGAAGCUAGAAAAGCCUCCAGAAACUCCUCUUGUUGAUCCUACAGUUAAGUUUGACAAACAGCCGUGGUACAUUGAUGCUACGGGAGGCACUCUCCAUCCUUACCAGCUGGAAGGGCUCAACUGGCUGAGAUUUUCCUGGGCCCAAGGGACUGAUACAAUCCUGGCUGAUGAGAUGGGGCUGGGGAAGACGGUGCAGACCAUCGUGUUCUUGUAUUCCCUGUACAAGGAGGGCCACUCGAAAGGGCCGUACCUGGUCAGUGCCCCACUCUCCACCAUCAUCAACUGGGAGCGUGAGUUUGAGAUGUGGGCGCCUGACUUCUACGUCGUGACCUACACAGGGGACAAAGAAAGCCGGUCGGUCAUCCGGGAAAAUGAGUUCUCUUUUGAAGACAAUGCCAUCCGCAGUGGGAAGAAGGUCUUCAGGAUGAAGAAGGAAGCCCAAAUCAAGUUCCAUGUCCUGCUCACCUCCUAUGAGCUGAUCACCAUUGACCAGGCGGUGCUGGGCUCGAUAGAAUGGGCCUGUCUGGUGGUGGAUGAAGCACACAGGCUGAAGAACAACCAGUCCAAAUUCUUUAGAGUAUUAAAUAGCUACAAGAUUGAUUACAAGCUGCUGCUCACCGGGACUCCACUCCAGAACAACUUGGAAGAGCUCUUCCACUUGCUCAAUUUCCUGACUCCUGAGAGGUUUAAUAACCUGGAAGGAUUCCUGGAGGAGUUUGCAGACAUCUCCAAGGAGGACCAGAUCAAAAAGCUCCAUGACCUGCUGGGUCCCCACAUGCUGCGGCGGCUCAAGGCGGAUGUGUUCAAGAACAUGCCGGCCAAGACAGAGCUGAUAGUGAGAGUGGAGCUGAGCCAAAUGCAGAAGAAGUACUACAAGUUCAUACUGACAAGGAAUUUUGAAGCCCUGAAUUCAAAAGGUGGAGGGAACCAGGUCUCACUGCUCAACAUCAUGAUGGAUCUGAAGAAGUGCUGUAAUCACCCGUACCUCUUCCCUGUGGCUGCGGUGGAGGCUCCAGUUCUGCCCAAUGGAUCUUAUGAUGGAAAUUCUUUGGUUAAAUCUUCUGGGAAACUGAUGCUGCUCCAAAAGAUGCUGAAGAAGUUACGGGAUGGGGGUCACAGAGUUCUGAUCUUCUCCCAGAUGACAAAGAUGCUGGACUUGCUGGAGGACUUCCUGGAGUACGAAGGCUACAAGUAUGAGCGGAUAGAUGGGGGCAUCACCGGAGGCUUGCGCCAGGAAGCCAUAGACAGGUUUAACGCUCCUGGUGCUCAGCAGUUCUGCUUUCUCCUCUCUACCCGCGCCGGUGGUCUGGGCAUAAACCUUGCUACAGCCGACACAGUCAUUAUUUAUGAUUCUGACUGGAAUCCCCACAAUGACAUCCAGGCGUUCAGCAGAGCUCACCGCAUCGGGCAGAACAAGAAGGUGAUGAUCUACCGCUUUGUGACGAGAGCCUCUGUGGAGGAGCGGAUCACCCAGGUGGCCAAAAGGAAGAUGAUGCUCACCCACUUGGUUGUCCGUCCUGGGCUUGGCUCAAAGUCGGGCUCCAUGACCAAGCAGGAGCUGGAUGACAUCCUCAAGUUCGGGACAGAAGAGCUCUUCAAGGAUGAUGUGGAAGGCAUGGUGUCUCAGGGACAGCGGAUCGCCAUGCCGGAUGCUGUCACCCCUUUCUCUGACACGCUGUCAACCAAAGGGGGUGCGAUGACUCCUGGCAUGAAAAAAAAGCAUGGUGGCACCCCUCCAGGUGACAAUAAGGAUGUGGAUGACAGCAGUGUGAUCCACUAUGACGAUGCUGCUAUCUCUAAGCUUCUGGACCGAAACCAGGAUGCAACUGAUGACACUGAGCUGCAGAACAUGAACGAGUAUCUGAGCUCCUUUAAAGUGGCCCAGUAUGUUGUGAGAGAAGAGGAUGGUGUGGAGGAGGUGGAACGUGAGAUCAUCAAGCAAGAGGAGAAUGUGGACCCCGACUACUGGGAGAAGCUACUGCGGCACCACUACGAGCAGCAGCAGGAAGAUCUGGCCAGGAACCUGGGGAAAGGGAAGAGAAUCCGCAAGCAGGUCAAUUACAAUGAUGCCUCGCAGGAGGACCAAGAGUGGCAGGACGAGCUCUCUGACAACCAGUCUGAGUACUCCAUUGGCUCUGAGGAUGAGGAUGAAGACUUUGAAGAGAGACCAGAAGGUCAGAGUGGCAGGAGACAAUCACGAAGACAGCUGAAGAGUGACCGAGACAAACCUCUCCCUCCUUUGCUGGCAAGAGUUGGGGGGAAUAUUGAGGUUCUCGGGUUCAAUGCCCGUCAGCGCAAGGCUUUCCUGAACGCUAUCAUGCGGUGGGGCAUGCCACCCCAGGAUGCCUUCAACUCUCACUGGCUGGUCCGGGAUCUGCGAGGGAAGAGCGAGAAAGAGUUCAGGGCAUACGUCUCUCUGUUCAUGAGACAUUUAUGUGAACCUGGAGCAGAUGGUGCUGAAACCUUUGCAGAUGGCGUUCCCCGGGAAGGGCUGUCACGCCAGCACGUGCUGACUCGGAUAGGAGUUAUGUCACUAGUAAGGAAGAAGGUCCAGGAGUUUGAGCAUGUCAACGGGAAGUACAGCACCCCAGAUCUGAUUCUUGAAGGCCCAGAGAGCAAGAAGUCCAGUGAGAUUGUUUCUUCAGAUCCCAACACCCCUGUCCCGGCCAGCCCAGCGCAUAUGCACCCAGGACCUCUUACCCUUGCAGAAAAAAUAGAAACACAACUUGGAUUCCAAGAGGAAAAGGAACAAGUGGAGCAGAAACCCAAGAAGGUGUCUGACAGCCAGGUGCCUGCAAGUGCUGAGAAGGUGGAAAGUGAAGAGCACCAAGAAAGCUGUGAAAGCAAAGAGAAACUGAAGGAAGAGAAACAAGAGGAGGGUGAAAAGGCUGAGCCUUCUCCCGAGCCUUUAGUGAAAGAUGAGGGAAUUCAAGAAAAAGAGAAGCCUUUGGAAAAGCCGGAGUUGAACAGUAGUCCUGGUAAAGGGGAGGACAAGGAAGUCAAACCAGAGGAUACCAAGGUGGAAGAGAAGGAGCAAAGCGAGACUCAGCAAAACGGUGACAAAGAAGAAGAAGAGGAUGGAAAGAAGGAUGACAGAAAUGUGAACUUCAGAUUCAUGUUCAACAUCGCUGAUGGUGGCUUUACAGAGUUGCACACGCUGUGGCAGAAUGAGGAAAGAGCUGCCAUCUCCUCCGGCAAGAUCUAUGACAUCUGGCACCGAAGACACGACUACUGGCUGUUGGCAGGAAUUGUCACUCAUGGCUAUGCCCGCUGGCAGGACAUCCAGAAUGACCCGCGCUACGUGAUUCUGAACGAGCCCUUCAAGUCGGAGAUACACAAGGGGAACUACCUCGAGAUGAAGAACAAGUUCCUUGCCCGGCGGUUCAAGUUGCUGGAGCAGGCCUUGGUGAUAGAGGAGCAGCUUCGACGGGCUGCGUACCUCAACAUGACUCAAGACCCCAAUCACCCGGCCAUGGCAUUGAACGCCCGUCUGGCUGAAGUGGAGUGCCUUGCUGAGAGCCACCAGCAUCUCUCCAAAGAGUCCCUUGCUGGGAACAAGCCUGCAAAUGCCGUCCUGCACAAGGUGCUGAACCAGCUCGAGGAGCUGCUGAGCGACAUGAAGGCCGACGUGACGCGCCUGCCCUCCAUGCUGUCCCGCAUCCCGCCCGUGGCUGCGCGGCUGCAGAUGUCGGAGCGCAGCAUCCUGAGCCGCCUCACCACCCGCGGGGGCGAGCCCCCGGUCCAGCAGGGUUCCUUUGGUUCCUCCCAGAUCUACAACAACAACUUUGGGCCGAAUUUCCGAGGUCCUGGGCCUGGUGGGAUUGUUAACUACAGUCAGAUGCCUCUAGGACCAUAUGUGACCGAUAUUUAGCCGUUUCCAAGAUUUUCUUCUGCAGUUCCCAUUUCCACCUGAGCAGCCCCCUGGGCCACUCUGCAGCCCGCGAGCAGGAGCCGUGGAGUUGCUGAGGCACCGCCACGGCAGGGCAGGGGACGCACGGCGGCGCUGCCCGUGGGAUGCGAGCCCUGCCGCAGGCCUGUGCCCCCUCGCCUUUGAGUGUGCUUUGCCCGAUGUGACCCCACCAUCGCAAGAACUGCUCUGAAGGGGAUUUCAUUUCCUUGUACAUUUUUUGCACUUUCUUAUUGAAGACUUGAAGAGUUUGUCUGGAAAAUGUGGGAUGAGUUAAGAAGGGAUAUAGAGUAACAGUAUUUAUGUCUGUUUUUAUCGACAUGUAUCAGAUUUAAAGGGAGACCUGUUGGAAGCUCUGUUUCUAGUCCAGUUCCUCCAUGCUGACCGUUAGGCACCAAGCUUAAUCCUGUUCGGUAGCUUCCCUGUGAGUUCUAUUUUUAUGUCUUCUUUGUGUUUGAGCAAGUGCAUGCCCGCCGCUGCCCUGCUGCCAGAGGGAGGGAGUAAAGAGGAAGAGGAGGAGGAAGGGGAGAGGAGCCUGUGCGUGGCCUUUCACAUCGCCCUGGCCCCCCAGGCAGGUGACUGAGCCCUGCCCCGGUGUCCCUCUGCUUGCAGCCUGCCCUCGCCGUGCUGCGGCUGUGGCAGGGCUCCCAGAGCAGGCCCAGGAGGGAAGGAGGAGGCUGCAGGGGGAGAGCAGGUCGGGGAGCGCCCGCAGCCGCUGCGGUGCUCGGCACGGGGUGCGCCCGGGCUGGGUUGUGCUGUGCAGUGCCAGCUCAGCGGGUGUGGUGGGGCUCCCCUGGGACCUCCCUGAAGGAAGGGGCCAGAGCCCUCGGCUGCCCCCUUCCCUGGCCGUGGGCUGCCCGGAGCUGAAGGAGGUCUGAGCGGGCACAGGAGGGUGCGGGCAGGAACCACUCCGGGCGGAGCAUGGAGGCGGAAGCCUUUUUGCCUUCAUGCCUGGCGGGCUGUUAUUUUGUGAUACUGACUGCAGCGUGAUGACCUUUCGUAGGAGGUUUAUGGCACCUGUAACCAACACACUCACAUUUACUUUGUACUCUGUGUGUUUCGGUUUAUGUUCUCUGUGUUUUAAUAAAUCCUGUAAAAUG